GCUGAAAACAACUCAUCCCGUGCCCACUCUACCACGACGCCGCCCGUGCCCACUCCAGAGUCCAGACUCUCUGGUCGCUUCUCCCUUCCACGAGCGAGGUCGCAGCCGCCGAGCUUCCAGAAGCUCUCGCAGGGCGCCCAUGGCGACGGAAGGCAAGGCUCCGUCGCUCGCCAAGGAAUAUUCACUCCCACCCCAGGAGGUCCCAGUAAAAAGUUCAGCUGAGGAGAAUUCUGCUAUUAGCGCUACGGCUGAAGCUGCCCCUGAGACAAAUGCUGAAACUCCACCAGCUGAUGAGACCACGGCUUCUGUUGAGGAGACAAGUGAAACUCCUGAGAUGAAAGAAUCCUCUGAGCAGCCUGAAGCUGAGGACAGCCCUGCUGCUGAAGAAAGCAGUGAUCCUGCUGAGGAAGCAGCUGACGAAAAACCAGAAAUUAAGAUCGAGACAGCUCCAGCAGAUUUUCGUUUCCCAACAACAAAUCAAACAAGGCAUUGCUUCACACGCUAUAUUGAAUAUCAUAGGUGUGUAGCUGCAAAAGGGGAGGGUGCUCCUGAGUGUGAAAAAUUUGCUAAGUACUACAGAUCACUCUGCCCAAGUGAAUGGAUUGAACGUUGGAACGAGCAACGUGAAAAUGGCACAUUCCCUGGACCCUUGUAGUGUUGCUCAAAGAAAGAACUACACCUGCCAUCCUAGACUGCCUUCCUCGAUAACUGCACAAGGUUAUCAGAAGAACAUUUUCAUUUUCGAGAGCUCUUCACAAAUAAAAGUUUUGGCUCGUUCUAAGUAGAAGUGCUUCUGAAUCCUUAAAGAUUCACUGGACUGGUCAGUACUCUCCAUGGAAUUUACCCAGUUUUGCUGUACCACUGAACACGGUUGGAGAUGAUCUUGUUGGUCGUAUUGCACGGCAAAGUUUGACACCGUUUGGGACAAAUGUGUUCCUAGCUCUUGCAGUGUAAUCUUUCAUCGCAUCCUGCUUUCAUAACAUUGGUAAGUUAAGGUAUA